CACGGAGACGGAGAGAGAGAGAGAGAGUAGAGAGCGAGAGAAGUGUGUGUGCGCUCGUGCUCGUGGACGGUUUAACGGAAACCUCUCUGUAUGUUCGGAGUCACCGACUGUCCCUCAGAUCCAACGGUUGAAGAGCGCGCGAACUCGUGUUGGUGAGAUGACGGUCAGACUUCCGCUCUAAGAUGUAGAAUCCAGACGUGGAGGAGGAAGAGCGAGACCGAACCAGGAAGGAAGUGAACACAAAACGAAAGAGAGAGAGAGAGAGCUGCUGUACCUCUCGCAUCAUGUGUCAUGUGAUCGUGACGUGCCGCUCCAUGCUGUGGACUCUGCUCAGCAUCGUGGCGGCGUUCAGUGAGCUCAUCGCGUUCCUGAGCACUGAUUGGCUGGUGGGAUUCCCGCGGGCACCGGACGCCGUUUUUUCUCCGCUUGGGGCCACGGCGGCGGGUGAGGCCUACAGACCUACGUUGGGCAUCUAUGGGCGCUGCAUCCGCGUGCCGCACUACCGGCGCGGCGUCCUGUGCGGCCCGUACGCCGUGCACUUCGGAGAGAUCGCCAGCGGGUUCUGGCAGGCCACGGCCAUCUUCUUGGCGGCCGGGAUCCUGCUGCUGUGCGCCGUGGCCUUCAUCUCCAUCUUCACCAUGUGCUUCCAGAGCAUCAUGAAGAAGAGCAUCUUCAACGUCUGCGGACUCCUGCAGGCCAUCGCAGGUCUGUUCCUGAUCGUGGGGCUGGUGCUGUAUCCAGCAGGUUGGGGCUCUCAGAAGGUGCAGCUGUACUGCGGGCCGGACUCGUCCCCGUACCGUCUGGGCCUGUGCUCCGCCGGCUGGGCCUUCUACACGGCUCUGGCCGGGACGGUGCUCUGCUUCCUCUGCGCCGUGUUCUCCGCUCAGGCCGAGAUCGCCACGUCCAGCGAUAAAGUGCAGGAGGAGAUCCAGGAGGGCAAGAGUCUGAUCUGCCUGCUCUGAACACGGCCCACAAUGCACCACUCCACUGUAAAUAUACUGUAGAUAUCCUGUACAUACCAUGGAGGAGCACCAACCCCUGCGCACACACACACACACACACACACUGAAGACUGGAGUCACGUGCCAAAACACACACACACUAACACACCGAGAGAGAGAGAGAUGUGUCCAGUGUGUGUGUGUGUUGAUCUCCUUCUCUGCCAAAUAAAGAAGCCAUGAUUACA